AUGACUGUGGCCCCAAUGAUCUGCUUCCGACUUCCAGGUCUACUACAAAUGCCGGCACGCUCGGUCCUUACAUUGUGGGCCGGUGGGCUUGCUGAUUCACGUCUUCUUCAUGCUCCACCAACCGACUUCCGAUGCCCUGACGUCUCUCGGUGGCCAACUCCGGCCAGCCGACAAGCUUCUACAACUCUGUUACUCCUUAACCCAACUGGACAGUCAGUAGCUUGGCUAACUGUAGCGCCAAAGGAAAAGGCCACUUGCGAGUCUGCCAAAGCGCAUGCAUCACCAUUAACAACAAAAAAGGAUGGAGUAGAUGAAGUGAAUCGUUCAGAGAAGCAAUGUCGCUCACCGGAAUGGACGCACUCGCAAGCCAGUGGGCAUAAAGAGGAGCAGCAACAGGCAUACAAAGGACGAGCACAGUCUCGAAAGCUAAAAACUAAGUCAAACCAGCAAUAUUAUUCGAGGCAGUCACUUUAUGGGACACCCUUAAUUGAUAGUCCUCACUAUUCACAGCCUCUGUCAGAACAUGAUAGUCGGUCAUCUACCAUAAUAAGAUGCCUCAGUCCCAUCAUUCCGAUUCGGCCACACCCACUGCUGCCUAUUCGGUUCUCCAACUCAGCUCCAAUGACAGGGAAUUUCGGAUCCCUCAAACUCGGGAAUCAAAUAAAAUUAUCGAAAUCUAUUGACUUGAAGCUCUGCUCACGCUCUUCAAGUGUCAGCUCUCGUCUUCCUCUUCCAGUCACCCUGGAGCACACAAAAUUUGUGUCAAUAGUUGAUGUAUAG